AUGCAUCACGGACACUAAACUUCUCCAGAAAAGAUUUAAACUUUUAUGAAUAGAAAUCCAUUUGCGACAGAUACUGUGAUCUUAGAUAAUUAGGAGAAUUUAUUGGAAAAAGAUGAUAAUAAAAUUAGUUGCUUUUUUGCAGAAAUAAAUGAUUUAUCUGAGGAUUUGAAAUAUAAAAGAGUUUAAUAUGAUCCAUCUUCAAAAAAGGAUAGCAUUUAUAAAAAUAGAGAAUUUAACUGCACAUGCUAACUUUAAGAUAAGGGGAUUAUGAUUAUGUCUUAAGGUGGUUCUUCCUUUCAUCUUCCUUUAGAGCAAGAUGUACAAGCAGUCCAUCCUAUGACAGAAGGCCUAAUAAUUUAAUUUCAAAUUAAAAAAGAAAUCAAGUUUAAUGAUAUUAUGAUGAUGAAUAGAGGUUUUUCAAAUAGAAAUUAAUUUGCUAUGUAAGAAGAGUUCAUUAAUUUUGGAGUGGGUAAUUAAUUAGGAGGAGUUAAUAGUAUGUCUGAAAAUUAAUUGUAUUCUUAUGUGACAUUAAAUAAGCAUCCUUUGAACUCUCUAAAAGUAUUAGGUAUUUUGAAGAGAAGUGACGAGUCUAUAAUUCCUUGGUUAGAAAGCUAUGAAAAAAUAGUUUAUGUAUCAAAAGAUUUACCUAUCCUAGUAAGUUACAAUAGGAUUCAUUAAAGGCAUGCUAUUCAUGUUAUUAGAGCUAACAUUGAGGAAAGCGAAAAGGAAAAUACUAAACUGAAUUUAACAAAUAAUUUCUAUAGCCUUACUCACUUUAACGAUUUAAGUUAGGGAUUCUUUCCAUCCUCUUCUUCUGCAGCAGCUCUUGGUAUUCCAAAUUCUUAAAUAGUAACAGAGAUAUUUUUUGAAGAAAGCAUUAAAGUAAACAUGAUGGAAAAAUGUUAGAUAAUCAAAACAAAUAACUAUGGAGAAUUUUUGAUAGCUAUGCUUAUAUUCGACACAACAUGCUAUUUGAAAUUAUAUUCUCUAUCUUUUAUUAACAAUACAUAAGCUUUAGACACAACAAACUUCUAAGUUAAUGCACUAAAAAAUUUUGUUAUCAUAAAUGACGUAGUUGACUUCUACCCUUUCAACCUUUUUUAAAAUGAAGUUUCUAUCCCUGUUAUUUCUGAUAUUUAAAAAUAGAUUUAAAGAAGAAGAAACGAUAAGUUUAACUAGCUAAAAGUUCUACUCUCAAAUGAAUGUAAAUUAAAAUCUGGAAUACUUACUCUCCAUAAAAAUGGCUCUUUCCAACUUCAUAAUGGGUUAAUGAAGAGCUUAAUCAAAUUCGAUAUUUAAUUUCCCUCUGUGAUACCAGGAAGUUUCAGACAGAUUAAGAAUAUAUCUGAAUUUAAAAAUGGGAGUGCUUAAUUAUAAUUUAGUGAUGGACAGAAACUUCAUAUGAAGAUCUCUCCUCAAAUUUAAUCUCCUUUGAUUACAAUCAUAAUGAAUACUCUAUAGCAUAUUUUAGAUACUGAAUUAUAUCAUAAAAUGCUUUCUGAUGUUUUCAGAAACUGCAUAGAUUUAAAUGGGUUCAUUUUACCAGAAAAUAAAUACCAGGUUAAUAAUUCAGCCAAUUUAUUUUAGCAAACUAGCAAAAAUACUAAUGAAGAGUUUCAUAAUUUUUUGUGCUACUUCAUUUAUCUUCUGAAAAUAUGCAAUAAGAAUGUUCAUGUUGGAUAAAGUACUAAGGUUCAAGAAGAAGAAGGUUUGUUAAAAAAAGUAAAAUAAUAGCAAUCACAGUCUUAGAUUCUUAUGGAAUAGUAUAUGUAGUAACCUAGUAGUUCCAUUUCAGGAUAGCAAGCAGUACCACCAGGUUUAGCUUAAUCUUUGAAUAUAUAAGUAGGGAAUGCUCCAUAGAAUAUUAUAAAUCAAACUAAUGGAGUUUCAAAUGUUAGAAAUUAAUGUAAAAAUUGGAAUAAACUUCUUAUGUCUAAUUAUCAUCAAAAAAAUUUUGAAUUAAACAAUCAACUUUUUAAAAAUCCUCCUAAUUUUGUAAUUCCUGAUAGCCAAGCUAAUUUUCCUAUAAGUUAAGAGAUGGGUACUUAAGCUUAAGCAAACCCCCCAGCAUAAAAACCAACUCAUCAUAGAAGAUCAUCAGACAUGCCAUUCAAUUCUGAUUAAGGAGGUGCUUAUGGAUCUAACAUUUAUAAUGCAAACAAUAGUAAUAUGGCCUAAAGUAAUAGUAACAGUGGGACUUAAUAACCUCUUUUUAAUAGUAAAAUUGAAGUGAAUGUUGAUAAAUUUUAUGAAUAAAGGAUUAGAAUUUUAAGAAUUUUAAAUUUAUUGUAUCAAGAUAUGAAAAUAUAAACAAUAUAUAAAGAAUAUAGAGAAAAUUUAGCUUAUUUUUUAUAUUGCUAUUGCACUUAUUUAGAUUUUGAGUAUAGCUCUAGUUAUUAAGACUAUUAUGUUAGAGAAUUCCCAUAAAUUUUGAUUAGAUAUCAAACAGAUGUAAGGCUUUAAUAGCUUUAAAUCUAAUUCCAUUACUAAAAGAAUUUAAAUUGGAAUAAAGGAAGUACUGCAAAUACAAAUUAUCCUGAGAGCUUGUUCAUAGAAAAAGAUGUUCCUGAUAUUUUCAAGUGGAUUAACUAUUUAUUUACUUCUGAUAACCAAACAUAAAAAGUAGAAUAAAUCAUGCCAAUAAUGUUUAAAAAUACUUAAAAAAUUUGUAAAAUAUUCGAAUUAAUGUAAUUGGGUUUAAACGCAUCUCGAACUAAAAUAUCUGACUUAAUUAAAAAUAAAGCUUAAAAUUUAAAUAACACUAUUGGCUUUUAAAUGCAUGGCUAUGGAAAUUUAACUAACCCUUCUUUCCCUCUUUUCCACUAAAAAGUUUUUUAUAUGAAAUUCUUUGAUUAAGAGAAAGACAAAAAAAAUGCUAAAUUCUCAAAAAUAUAAGAAAUCUUUCGUGAUUAAAACGAAAUCCUUGUAUUUUUAUAUCUUAUUAAGAAGAACAUAGAUUAGGAUUUCAUUGAAUCUCUCUCCUUUGGAUUAAAAGCUCCUAUUUAUGAGUCAUUGCGUCUCCUCAAACUUAAUCUUCCUCCUCAAUUAUAUGAUAUUACUACAAAAGAAGGUUUUAAAAUGAUCAAAAGAGAAGAUAUCUUCUAAAAUAGAUAGAUUUAUAUAAAAAAGAAAAAUGAAUUACCUGCAUAUCUUUCAAAAGUCGAUUUCUCAUAAACUAUUAAUAACUUAAUCAGAGGAACUAAAAAUAAUUAAGAGUAGUACAUAUUGUAUGAUGCUCAUUUGCACAAAUAAAACAAUGAGUUGAUUUUCGAAGAAGUAAACAGAUUGCUUGAUACUACUAAAGAUAUUUAAAUCAAAUAAAAAUACGUUGAAGAUAUCAGCGAAGAAGCUUUUGAAGUGGAAUCCUAAAAUGUUUUAAGAAAAUUUGUUACUAGAAGAUUUUCUUGUUUGGUUGGUUAAGGAGGAUUCAACUUUGGUUCUUGGUCUACUUACAUGACAGAGAUAGUUAAAGUACCUAAAAUAAAUUUGAGUGCUGUUAUGCCUAAUGAUAUUAAAGUGACAUUAGACACAAAAGAUGAAAAAGAUUUGAACAUGUGUUUGUGGCCAGAAUUCCAUAAUGGGGUUGCUACUUCUUUAAAGCUAUCAAAGUCUGUAAUGAAUAUGAACUCUGAAAAUUUAAAGACUUGGAUAUUUUACUAAAAACCAGAAAAUGUUGAGUAUGACCAUGGUGGCUUCCUUCUUGGAUUAGGGCUUUUAGGAUAUCUUGAUUGUUUAUCUCCUACUGAUAUCUUUUAAUAUCUAAAACCUAACCAUGAAGCAACUUCUGUUGGUAUUUUGCUAGGUAUAGCUGCAUCUAGGAUAGGUAAAUCUGACGAUUCAACUUCUAAAACAUUGUGUCUUCAUAUUCCAUUCUUGCUUCCACCUUCUUAUGAUGUAGAAAUUCCUCUUAAUGUUUAAACAACUGCUCUUAUUGGAGUAGGUUUGAUUCACAAAGGAACAAGUAAUAGACUGAUUACAGAAAUGACUUUAGCAUAAAUAGGCAGAAAACCUUUAAGCGAUAAGUGUUUAGAUAGGGAAGGUUACUCUCUAGCUGCAGGCUUUUCACUUGGUUUAAUUAAUCUAGGAAAAGGAGCUUAACAUACUAAUAUAAAAGAUUUAGAACUUGAAGAGAGACUUAUUCGUUUCAUUGAAGGUGGUAAAAUAAUGGAUCCUCCAUAGAGUAUGCUUAGCACGAAUUUCAAUACUGAAAACAAAAGUAGCAGUAUUAAAGAAGGAAAUACAGUAAAUACUCAUGUUACUGCCCCAGGUGCUCUUAUAGCAAUUUCUCUUCUAUUUUUAAAAUCAAAUGAUAUUAAAGUUGCAGAAAAAAUAACAAUUCCAAAUUCAUUUUCAACUAUUGAAAAUUGCAAUCCAAACAAUAUUCUAUUAAAGGUAAUGGCAAAGAAUAUCAUCAUGUGGGACUAAAUAUCUAACACUAAAGAAUUCAUUUAUAACUAAAUUCCAGAAUUAAUUAGAUUUAUUUAUGAAAAAUCAUUUAAAGAAGUAUACUAGAGAUACUAUCUGGUUUACAAUGUCUAUGAAAUUGAUUUUAGUACUGUUACUAGCGUGUAUUUAAAUAUUAUUGGUGGUUGUAUAAUGGCUAUUGGGUUGAAGUAUGCAGGCACUGGAGAUAAAAAAGCAGUUGAAGUUAUUAUAAAUGAAAUAAGUAAAAUGAGAAAGCUUAAAACCUCAAAAUGUGAUUUAGUUAAUGAUCCUUCUGCAAAAUCUUUGAUUGAUUAGUAUACACUAUUUAUACUUUAUUCUGUUUCUGUACUUUCUUUGAGUUUGGUAAAUGCAGGAACUUGUGAUACCCACUCAAUUAAAAUAGCAAGAGUUAUAAGAAAAAAAUUCUAAGAUUCUGGUACAUUCCAUUAUGGAUUUAAUAUGGCUAUUAACAUGGCUAUUGGCUUUUUAACUCUUGGUCAUGGAAAUUACUCAUUUAAUAGAGAUGAUAUGUCAAUAGCUGCUUUAUUAAUUUCUAUCUAUCCAUACUUCCCUAACUCUCCUUCAGAUAAUAAAUAUCACUUAUAAGCUCUCAGGCACUUCUAUGUUCUUGCAGUUGAAUAAAAGGUUUUCCAUGCUGUUUCAACUGAUGAAAAAAAAGUAGUUAAUGUCCAAGUUGAGCUUAAAUAUUUAGCAAAUGAAUGUAUUUAGGUUGAGAAAUAAUUUACCCCUAUAUUGUUAUAAGAAUCUAAAAAGAUACUCAGUGUUAAGGUAGUAGACGAUGAAUAUUAUGGCUUUGAAAUAGAUUUUGCAAUGAAUUAAAAAAAUCCUAAGGUUAUUUACGUUAAACGUAAGUAUUCAGUUUAAAAUAGCUAAGCAAUUUUAUCAGAAAUAGAUUCUUACGAAGAAAAAAAGAGACUUUAAGAAUAUAUGAAAUAAAUACCUUACGACAAAGCUUUCAAGCUUCUUGAAAAGAAAAAUUUUGUAAUUACUAAAAACUAAUUAGACUAUAUUCUUCCUUUUAGAAAUAAGAUUAACUAAGAUAAGUCAAGUGCUUUAGUUAAGCAUUUAGAUUAGCUUGACACUUUAUAUAGUUAAAUCAACUAAAUGAUUUAAGACAAAGAGAAUCAGAUUUGUCCAUAUGAUGAUCAACUGUAAAUAGAAUAGCUUAUUUAACUCUGCAUUUAAGAAGAUAGACUAGAGUUAAUAGAGCAAUAAUUACAUCUUCUCAAAGAUUUCAAAUCUUUUAUGAAUAUGGAUUGCAUUUACCUUUAAAACAUAAAUAUUCUUAUCAACUUCUAUGAAAAUUAAAAAGGAAUUAAAGGAAUGUAAUUGCAAUCAAGUCAGCUUUUCAAUCCUUAAAAGAUCAAUUUAAUGUAGUACAAACUCUAUAAAUAUUUUAUAGACUCUUAUAUUUUAAAUAACCAAGAUUAAAAAGCUAAAGAUUUAAUUGUUAGUUAUUUCACUUAGCCUGAAAAUUUCUAGCUAGAAAGAAUCGACUUAUCAGACUUCCCUACCUUACAAAAACUGAUGAAAUUAAAUACUGUGUUAAAUACACCAACCAAAUAGGAUUUAUUAUUAAUAAAAAAAUUCUUUGAUAAGCUAACUACGAUAGGGUAAGUUCAAAUUAAAGAUGAAAAAGAAAAGCUUUGGAGUAUAUGUUAAAUGUGCUUAUUUAUGUCAUUCCCCUUAUGUCCUUAGGAUUUACUAAAUACUAUAACAUAAUUAUAUUUAGGCAGCAACGAUGAAUAACAAUCAACUGCAGAUAAUAACUCCUCAGCUACUGCUUAAACAGUAAAUAACUAAUAAAAUUAAUAGAACUCUUCCAAUUGA